UAUCGAUGUGCUGUUCUGAAUCACCUGGGUGCACUUCAUGAUGUUAAACUCACAGGAAGCAGAAUCUUCACGUACGGCGGUACGGACGAGUUACAUGCCAUGAUGAACCAGCUAUUCAGUGAUUAUCCACGUUCGCAUUUUAUCAGUAUUGGCUUCUCAAUGGGUGCCAAUAUAACUGCUCGCUUCCUCACGCAGGUCUCAGAAGAACAAAGGAGCCGCAUUUUGCUGGGCUUGAGUGUAUGUCAGGGAUAUUCGGCAACCACAUCCGCGCCGAUGUAUCACGAUUGGGAAAAUGGACGACGCAUCUAUAACUAUUUUAUUACUGAGAACAUGAAACGUCUUCUACGACGUAACUAUGAGCAAGCGGUUGCACCUCAUGUUGCCAGUGGACUGAUUGAUGAGCAGCGUCUCUGGUCAGCCACAUCCAUUGUGGCGUUUGACGAAAACUAUAACCGUCGAGUGGCUGGUUUCCAAAAUCUCGAGUCAUUCUACGCAUGGUGUGAUUCGUUACCACUUCUCUCUAAGCUGCGAGUACCGAUGAUAUUUUUGAACGCCGAAGAUGAUCCCAUCGUUCCGCAAUGUCUCUGGGAACCAGUUAAGGAACUCGCUUCCCAUUCCGAAGACAUGGCAUUUAUUUCGACCCGACAUGGCGGUCAUUUGGGCUUCCUUGAGGGUAGCUCAUUUGCACCGCAUUCAGUCACAUGGCUCGAUCGGUUCAUUGUGGUUAUGGCUGAUCAGGCCGUCAAGGCUUACGCUUAA